GCUAUACGAGACGUGUACACAGAAGCCAAAUCCCCACCAUGCAAGACUCAAGAGAUUUGACCUCAGUCUGUUACUAUGUCUGACCUUUGAGCGCGCCAUAUAAAGGUCUGACAAAGUAAUAUUUUUUCACGGGACGGAAUAUGUCCCCACAAUGAAAUACUAGAGUAACGAUUGCACGAACGCGGAAACCCCAAAGUGGCAGUUUGAACCGCGCCGUGAAUGACUGUUGUGUGAAAAUAACUGAAACGCUGAACAUGGACGGCCGAGGGGCAAGAAAGACUAUGAAGCGAGCCGAUCCACCAGAGCCCCCGGACGGCGGCUGGGCCUGGGUGGUACUAGCCGGUGCGUUCUUAUCACAAGCUCUCACGUACGGAUACUACGGAGCUGUGGCCGUCUACGUCCCUGUGUGGAUAGAUUUCUUCGAUAGUUCAGCGACAGAGUCGAGUUUGAUUGUUUCCCUGUCGUCGUUCUUCAUGGGUUUUUUAAGUGUGAUUGCUGGUGUCUUGAUAACUCGAUUUAGUGUCAGAUCUGUCUGGGUGAUUGGGGGCGUGCUGGCCUCACUGGGGCUUCUGAUAUCAGCUCUGGCCACCGGUACAAUUUACCUGACAUUAAGCAUGAGUUUGAUAACAGCUCUGGGAUUCAGUAUGUGCGCAAACUGUAGUUUGGUGGCCUUAACCAUUUAUUUCAAAAAGCGCCGUACUGUCGCGGUUGGCUUAGCUUCAUCUGGCUUUGCAGCAGGUCAGGUAGCCCUGACUCCUCUGCUAGACUACUUGAUAGACCAAUAUGGAUGGAGAGGGUCCAUGGUCAUCACAGCAGGCAUUCUGUUGCAUGCUACUGCUUGUGGAGCCCUCGUACGUCCACUAUCGUCCAAGGCAGGCAAACGGACAUUGAAGUUGCAGGUGGAUUCUGAAACAAAAUCGGCAAACGAAGAGACAACAAAUAUCGGCGGGAUGUCUCAACAGGUGAACGAGGAGGGAGAUGGUUUUGUUGAGGCACAGUUGAGAACUACUGAGGAUUUUGCAGAGACAGACAGCAGAGAUUUAUCAAAUGACGAUGUAGGCAGAGUAAGUUUUGACGACAAGGAGAUCUUGUGGCAGAAAAAUGACAAUAGCAACAAAAAGAUCACACCGAAACCCAAACCGUCGGUUGGUGUCGCAGACGUUUCCGCCAAGGCGGACGACGCAACUCAUGAUCCCUAUUUCCUUGAAGAUUCAAGGGGAACUGUCUCUCCAAAGACCAACGGUGAGAUAUCAACUACAUUACAGACUGACUCAAGCCCACUUUCUGUUAGCCGUUGGAGACUGGGCCUGUCCAAGUUCCGGACCUUCAUGUUGGAGAGGUACGGCCUUUCAGGUUUGUUCCGAAACCGUAAUUUCGUCUUGACCAUUCCCGUCGUCAUAGCGCACGGCUGCGGUUGGGCCUCCGUUGUGUUUCAUCUCGACGCCCGUGCCGAGUCCGUGGAUCUGCAGUCCUCCGAAGGAGCGACACUACUAACUCUCAUGGGAGUAGGAGCCUUCAUUGGCUCAGUAAGUCACGGAUGGUUCAUCGAUAAAGGCUACAUCUCGCCAGUCAUUGCCUACAUCUUAGCCAUCCUCGGCAACACUGUGACCUCCUUUAUAUUACCUCCUCUCGUCACCUUUGGUCCCUUGGCAGCAACUUGUGUUUUCUUUGGGUUUUCAACCGGUGUGGCAGAGCCAUUGAUUUUUGCAAUUCUACGGGUUCUUGUUCAACCGUCAGAGGUGGCUGGGGCGACCAGUAUCCUUCUUGUGUGCUGGGGUACCGGAGAAAUAAUAGGAGCUACUAUAGCAGGUUGGAUUUACGACAACCUGGCAAGCUACAACAAUGCAUACUUUGUGUCGGGAUCUGUAUAUACCCUCGCUGCAACCCUAGCUGCUGUGAUCUACUGCUUAGAAAAAAGAAAGUCGAAAGGACAGAAGGGGGAAGCGGACAAGGCGACUAUUGAGGCACAGCGUGCACCUCAAAACCCUGGCAAGAAAUCCGGGGAUCGACUUGAUGAGAACCUUGAGGAUGGUGUAGUGAAUCCAGUGUACUCAGGUGACGGCAACAACGAGACUGAAUGUUGACAUGUCCCUUCUGAAAAUAGUGUAAGAGGGCAAGGCCAGAGAUUGAGCCAGGAAGACAACGAUGAGUCUUCCUUUUAAUCCAAAUGGAUCAAAUCAAGAGUUUAAGUGGGGAAUACGGAACUGGUUAGGGGGUUAGUUGUUUGGCCUAUUGCUUGUGUAUGUUCCUGUUUAAUCAGUGUCUAGCGACGAGAAGACUGCGUUCAAUUCCCAAAAAUGUACUGACGAGCUUGCAUUGCACAGUUUAAAUAGACAGAUCUGAUACAAGCUUCACGUGUUAAACCUGCGGGAAGUCAAGCCCCUCCCCAAGAAAGAAACCACGUGGUUGUUCCUGUGGACUAUUUUCAACAGUCGGUUGUAUUGCGCGUAUUCAAGCUCGUUUAACGGACACACUACCAUUCCAAUAGCUUGAAAAGGUUGAAUAGAGGUUCCCUGGGAAUGCAUUAUGACAAACUGUAAUUUGAAUAUUGGUUUACCCCUAAUUUACGACCAAUAGUACAUUCCGAAAUCUAAGCCCUAACCCCACCUAUCCACCCACCACUUAACACUGCAAGGCAGCCAGCAACUCCUGAUACUGUUUGUCAGGGUCAGUUAUUAGUUUGAAAUAGCUUUUGUUUACCUUCAGGGGCUGACAAUUCGACAGUGAUUGAUUGUCAGCAGCAGCAAGACUCACUAAACAAAGAGGAAUCAGGUUUCUAAGCACUUGAAUGAGGCCUCCAUGAAUUGGCGGAUUACUCAGGAUUGAUAUGGUCUCUGAGUAAUUGCAAGAUUGAAUGUAUUAUUACACAGGUUCAAAUAUUAAAGUGUAUCGAAUGAGUACUGCAUGUAACCUCAGCCGUAUCGGCUGUAUGUCUUUUUAUUAAUAAAAACUUUACAAAAAGCUGUAAUUCCACUGUCGGUCCAGCGGCCGACUUGCUGGCGCCCUUCGCAGUCACUUGUAAAUAUGUAGACAUAAAGAGCUUAGGUAUGAACAGAAUUUGCUUUGUCAAACACUUCUGGUGUAUGAACUUGUCGACUCUAUACCAAUUCCAUCCUGGUCCUGAAAUUCAGGAAAUAACAACACUUAAAUGCUGUUUUGUGUUUGUAUUCUAGACCCACGGAAAGCAAGCAUUUGUAUAAAAAGUUGUACAUGAAGAGCGCCAGCUUCAGAUUUUGGAAACAGAAUGGCUGUUCACUAUGCACAUAGUGUGCGGCUUUUGUAUACCAACUGUCCACGUGCACUGACGCAAACACCUGCCAGUUUGUUUCCAAAAAUGCCUAACACUCAUUAUCACAACUUUCUCCAUACACUGCUCCGAUACAUAUCUACAUGUAUAUAGGCUGAAUUAAGCAUCGUACGAUGUAUUUGGUAUGACUGAAAAUAAACCUCUACAAGAAUGUCACAAAAUAGCUUAGUUCUGAAACAAAUCCUUUAAAAAUAGGGUCCUGGACGAUUAGUA